GCGAUUGACUAUUAGUUUUCCUUGCGUUGUUCCCAUUAAUUCAUCGUUCACAGCUUAUUAUGGAAGCCUUAUAAUUAAGGAUGAAGAAUACGAAAUAUUAGUUUCCCUUAGUUAUGAUUCUGGACAGAAGAAAGUGGAAUUUAGGUGUUGUAAUAGACUAAACGAACUUCUUAAGGAAGUUGCUCCCAUUAUAUUAAAGCGCUUAAAUCAAGUUGAAUCCCUGUAUGAUUUUUUAAUGGAGCUUUCCUCCCUAGUGGAAAGUUUAUCCCCUCCCUUCACUUUUCGAAAAGAAGUGGACACUGAUUAUAAGUUAUGUAAACUUUUCUAUAAAGAUCUAUGUUCUAUUGGCUGGGAAUAUGUUUCUUACGUAAACGAAUUGUGCACGCUUUUUAAAUUUGAAGUUAAAGAUACCGGUCUUCGAAAGCAUAUUCUAAGUGUUGAUUUAACUAACUAUCCAGAAAAGACUCCAGAGAUAUCUACUCAACUUCCUACACCUUUUCUUUUUCAAGCUAGCAAAGUAGUUUCGUUACUUAAAAUUUUUAAGCUCUUUAAAGAAGCAAUUGCCUCUUACCAAGAUUUUUGGGAUUCUUUACAAGUGCUGGAUAGUCAGACUUGGGCACUUACAUGUUAAUUUCCUUUUUUUUCUUUUUAAAAUUUAUAUAAAGGUCGUCGAGCCAAUAAAGCCGACUUUUGCUGACCGACACCGCCGGAUUGCUUUAAAAAAGCAACGCUUUCUUCACGUGGAAAUUGACCCCAAGCUCCCCAGAAACAUUCCCGUUGUGCACUUUUCCGGCCCCGAAGCAGAAGUCGUGCAGUUACGGCAAAAGUUUUUUGAAAAUGCCUACGCUUGGCGUGGCGAGGAAAGUCUAUACAAUAACCUUCAGCAAGUAUUGCAGGAGGAGUUACCUUUAAAAUCUUGCGAAAAGGAAGUAAAUCUUAGCAAGGACUGCGGAAUUUGCUACUCAUUCUACCUGGAGAAUGCCGUCCCCGACAAAGUGAGAAAAGCAUAACGUGCUAGUCAGCACCUUGGAAUAAUGCGGUGACUGGCAGAUUUGUGAGUACGCGGGAUGUCGCCAAGCAUUUCACCCACAAUGUCUCUUGGAGUGGUUAAAGACUUCUUCAACGACGCAACGGCGAUUUCAUAUGUUUUUUGGAACGUGUCCUUACUGCGAAAAGCAAAUAAGUCUCAAGAUGUUUUAAAAAGGGAUUGAAUACUCCUAAAAUUCGCCUAAAAAAGGCUAAUAAUACUUUUGGUUGCCCUAAUAACCGUGUUUUAUUUAAGUACUAUGUGGAAUUGUCAGGUCGAAAAGGGACUGCUACUUGAGC